AUGUCUGGCUUGAGAACCUUUGAUGCGUUCCCUAAAACCGACGCCCAGCAUGUCAAAAAAUCGUCGAAAGGCGGGGUGUCAUCGAUUCUGACGUAUCUGUUCUUGGCCUUCAUCGCCUGGAGCGAGUUCGGUAGCUUUUUUGGAGGCUAUGUUGAUCAUCAGUAUGGAGUCUCUAGUGAUAUGCGAGAAACUGCACAGAUCAAUAUGGACUUGUUUGUGCACACACCGUGCAAAUGGCUCAGUGUUUUCGCCAACGACAUUACUGGUGACCGAAAACUGGUACAAAACGAGCUUUCCUUCGAAGAUCUGCCCUUUUACAUCCCAUAUGGCACCAACGUAGACGGGAGAAAUGAGAUUCGCACUCCUGGUCUGGAUGAAGUGCUCGCAAAAGCGAUUCCAGCACAGUUUCGAGAAAAGCUGGACUUUUCGGCUCUUGCUGACGAUCAAGAAUUCGAUGGUUGCCACAUUUUCGGCUCAAUUCCUAUCAACAUGGUUCGGGGAGACUUGCACAUCACCGUUCGAGGCUUUAGUCUCGCAGAUUUCCAAAGAACGCCUCAGGAAGCCAUCAAUUUCUCGCAUGUUUUCAACGAACUUUCCUUCGGUGAUUUCUACCCGUACAUCGACAAUCCUUUGGACAAGACAGGACGGCUCACCAGUGAGGCUGCCAAGAGUUAUCGCUACCACACCUCUGUGGUGCCCACUACAUUCAGGAAGCUGGGAGCAGAGGUCCACACCUUUCAAUAUUCGCUAGGCGAAACGGAGUCUACAGUGUCAGGCAGUCAAUUUGGAAGAAGAGGCCCAAUUCCUGGCAUUGUUCUAUCCUACAAUUUCGAGGCACUGUCCAUAACAGUAAGUGAUGAACGUAUUUCGUUUUGGCAGUUUAUUGUGAGAUUGAUCGCCAUCCUGUCUUUCAUUGUCUACAUCGUGUCCUGGGCCUUCAGACUCACUGACAAGCUACUAGUGGUAGUUCUGGGUCCCAAGUGGUCGCUUCGCUACCAAAGCGAUAAUCGUCAAAAUACUGGAAUUUUGAUAUAA